AUGAAGCUGAUGCGCGGCUUGGCCGCUCUGGCGCUUUCUGUAGGUUUUUGCCCGAUAGGUUCAUCUGCAGGACUAUCCUACGCGACGGGGAACAACCAAGACAUCAAAUUCCGAUGGGAAGUGAGCACAGAAUCCAACAAUGUCUACUUCAAGCUCGACGCGCCCGUCGCCUACAGAUGGGUCGCCCUCGGCAUCGGUAACAGCAUGCAGACGGCGGAGAUAUUCCUCAUGUACCAAGACGGCGAAGGAAACGUAACCCUCAGCACGCGAAAAGGACGAAACCACAUCAUGCCCGUAUACGAGGAGAGAUCCGGCGUUGAAUUGAUAUCGGGGUCGGGCGUCUUGAAUGACAGAAUGACGGCCAAGGUGCGAUGCAGCGAUUGCAACAAACUCGACCUGGAAGGCGAAAACAACUGGGUGGCUGCAUGGUUAUCAGGCGAGACAAUACAGUCGACGAGCGUUCAAGAGCCAAUCGAUCAUCAUGAGGGGAGGGACCUAUUCAGCAUCGACCUGGCGAUGGCGGCUACAGGCUCUGAAGUCAAUCCGCUGGCGGAUACCGACGACGACAUCCUUUCGAGCGGUGCCGUGGUAACAGACGCAACGGCUGCUAAAUAUGAUUCCAUCCGCCUGGCACAUGGUAUUAUUAUGACUGUGGUCUUUGUGGCAAUGUAUCCGAUUGGGGCCUUGUUGAUGCCGGUUUUCGGCAACUGGUUCCUCCAUUCCGCCUCGCAACUACUGGCGUUCAUCCUCAUGUGGGCUGGCGUUGGUCUUGGAGCGACCUUUGCUAGGCAAUAUUAUCUCUACGGUAGGCAAGCGCAUACAAUAAUAGGGAGCCUGGUCGUGAUCUUACUCUGCCUCCAACCGGUACUUGGCAUCCUCCAUUCACGGCAUUACGCAAAACACGAGGGACGUGGUCACUUUGGAGUUGUCCACGUUUGGUACGGGCGUUCCCUGAUGCUCCUCGGUGUUCUCAAUGGGGGGCUUGGUCUGCAGCUCGCGGGCCACCGGGGGAGUGCCUGGGUCAUUGCUUACAGCGUUAUUGCUGGGCUCGCUUUUGCCUCCUACUUGGCCUCUAUUGUCUACAGCAUUAGGAAGUACAGUCGCCGGAAGCAGGAACCUUCCGAAGCUGACCUUAAUCGCAAUUGGCCGCCCUCUAAUAUUAGUUUGGAUUCAUAUCUUACCCAAGAAGGCCCGCAUAGAUAG